AUGCUGCCUCUGGCGAGUGCGCUCGUUGCGCGAUAUCUCAGGGCGAAUGGCUACACAGAGACUUUGAAGACUUUCAUCAAAGAAGCGGACUUGCCGUCCGAUGCCGGUAUUAGACCCGACAGCUCAGUGACGAUAGAUUCAAUACUUGACGAGAAGAGGAAAUUUGAUCUCAGCCUUAGCUUUGAGAAAUUAGGUGUUGACGAUGCAGGUCGUAAGUGGGCCGUCCCUGCGCCAUCAAAACCUACUGUCUUGGAAUCACUACCUAGCCGCUCGAACAUACUGAGUGUGACUGUUCUCCACAUCCUGCUCCCUUCUGCUCCAACUGCUCGACAGUAUAUCGCUGUCACUACAGCCGACCGACGCCUGUACCUCUUGAAUCCGUCCUCACCGAGCCUCGAGCUUAUUCGUUCAUAUGAUAGCUUCCAAGAGUCUCCAAUACUGGACAUCAUUACUAUAUCUUCGCGAUAUAUGUUAGUUGCCAUGAUGUCUGGAAAGCUAUUUUUAUACGACACCGCAAGCGACAACAUCUUGGCCGAAAGGAAGGAUCACGCAAAAUACAUCGUCAAGAUAGCCACCUGGUCGUUUGGUGAUUUCGUGUUACUAGCAACCGCGGGAUGGGACUCAAAAGUUUGCAUUUAUCGUAUCAACAUUGGAGACGGUCCCCCAGGCAUUGAGGAGCCUUUGACUACUCUCACGCUACCAAGCAUUCCUGAAACCGUUCUUUUCGUCGCAUCUCCAGACGACGGCUCGCCCAUCCUUUUAGUUGCCCGUCGAGACUCAACCUUCCUGUACUAUUAUUCCGUUCCUAGUGCGGAUCAUGCACAGAUCCUCCUCCUUGGGAAGCAGAAUUUGGCUCCACACUCUAACGCAUGGGUGGCCUUCACGCCAGCAGAUGCUCAAAUUUGUCCCACGGACCCGUCUGUGGUGGCAGUCGCAACUUCCUCAACGCCACACAUGAAAUUACUUAUAGUAAAGCUUCUAUUGCCACCAACGCAACCAUCGAGGUCUGAAGGUGCUACCAUCUCGGAAACGUCCAACACUGCUGCAAUCACACAGGCCUCACAGGCACGUGCUGAACUUCUGAUUGCAGAUAGGGAGGAGGCAGCUAUCAUGGUAAACGUGUCUACCAUGGCACCUCAAACUGCAUAUUCUACUCCACGGUUGACAUGGCGACCUGACGGAUCGGGUCUUUAUGUCAGCUCAGAUGACGGCGUUGUCCGUGGAAUUGAGGCGAAAAGUGGAAAGCUUGUUGCCUCUUUGGAAGGGCAUGAACCUGGGAGCAAAUUGCGUUGCCUCUGGACCGGGACACUUGAUACAAACUCUGGUGGAGCGGUCGAUUCAAAGCAUGAUUCCGAAGUUUUGAUAAGUGGUGGGUUCGACCAGAGAUUGAUACUCUGGAACCGUUGA